GCUUGAGCUGUCUAAAAUACUGCUGCACGUAUACCUUUAUAUAUAUUUUAAAUGAGUUUGUUAAGCAUUUUCAGUCUUCUUUUCCAGAAAGCAUACCGAUACCCGGUGAAGUUAGUUAAUGACAAACGGGUGAAACCCCUUACGAAGUCAUGAUCUAAUUGGGAGGGGCAUCUGUGGGCCGGGAUACUAUAACCCGCCCACGUGUGUUCAAUAAGUACCGUUGUGUUUGCCGCUCAACUCUCAGAACGACAGAAGCGAUCAGCGUGCGUUAACUGUUUGCAGCAACAGACCUGAGAAUGGUAUCGAUGGGACUCCAGAUUCUGGGCAUAGCCCUGUGUGUGAUCGGAUGGCUGGGAGCCAUCAUAACCUGCGUUCUUCCCAUGUGGAGGGUGACCGCUUUCGUUGGAAACAACAUCGUGGUGGCGCAGAUCAUUUGGGAAGGUCUUUGGAUGAACUGUAUUGUUCAGAGCACCGGGCAGAUGCAGUGUAAAGUGUACGACUCGCUGUUGGCGCUCUCGCAAGACCUCCAGGCUUCCAGAGCUUUGACCGUCAUUGCCAUUGUGGUGGGAGUCCUGGGCAUCCUCAUCUCCAUCGUCGGAGGAAAAUGUACCAACUGCAUAGAAAAUGAGGCAACGAAAGCAAAGGUCACAAUUAUAUCGGGAAUUAUCUUCAUCUUGGCUGGAGUGCUGACCCUGAUCCCGGUGUCCUGGUCAGCGAACACCAUCAUCAAGGAUUUCUACAACCCGCUGGUCACCGACGCCCAGAGGAGGGAACUUGGCGCCUCCCUCUACAUCGGAUGGGGAACAUCGGGUCUGCUGAUCCUCGGAGGGGCUCUGCUCUGCUGUUCCUGCCCCCCGAAAGACGACACUGUUCCCCUCUACCACUCUCUUCUGUAUAACACUGGAUUCAGAUUUUGUGUUGAUGGCUCUGGUGGACUCUCCGCUUCCAGAGCUUUGACCGUUAUCUCCAUUGUGGUGGGAGUCCUGGGCAUCCUCAUCUCCAUCGUGGGAGGAAAAUGUACCAACUGCAUAGAAAAUGAGGCAACGAAAGCAAAGGUCACAAUUAUAUCGGGAAUUAUCUUCAUCUUGGCUGGAGUGCUGACCCUGAUCCCGGUGUCCUGGUCAGCGAACACCAUCAUCAAGGAUUUCUACAACCCGCUGGUCACCGACGCCCAGAGGAGGGAACUUGGCGCCUCCCUCUACAUCGGAUGGGGAACAUCGGGUCUGCUGAUCCUCGGAGGGGCUCUGCUGUGCUGUUCCUGCCCCCCGAAAGACGAUGGCUACACUGCGAAGUACUCUGCACCUAGGUCUGUUGCUACGAGCAAGAACUAUGUGUAAUUUGUAAAGAACCAACUUCUCGAGAUAAAAUCACAUUGAGUCUGUGCAUUUUAUAUCACAUUUCCUCGUUGAGAAACUAAGCGAAUUUACUGUAAAGUUUUUAAGUAAUUAGUUGUAUUGUCUUAACCUAGUUGCGUUUGGAUUUUCAAUCGGGGGUGAAUUUGAAUUUGAAUCUGCACCUGUACGCAACGUAUAACUUCAGUUGCAGCGAUUUUUAAAUCUGACGAGUAUCUGAAUUAUAGAGUGGUCGUUAACGUAAGGUUUUGACGGAAAUUAUUUUUUGUUGUAAAAGCUCCAGUGUUUAGAUAAUAUCGAGUUACAACGACAAUGCGUUACCAGUUAGUAAGAAACUCUCAAUUGUGCAGUUGUAUUUUGUAAGUAACUAAUACCUGGCGACAAGGGAGUGAUGGGAAAUACCCGCCGCCAUUUCGCCAACUGGGAAGGUGGAAUUUAUAAAAUGGGUCUGCAACAGCAGUUCACUCCUUUGAAAGUGUUAAUACUAUUUUAUAUUUACUUUGCAACGAUGUGAUUUGAAAUUAUAACCUUAUUAUUAAUCCUGUAUCGUUCUCUCGUUGCCAUAUGUAAAAGAUUAACCUUUCUCCCAUGACUCUUGGGCAUUUAAGACUUCGGGGACUUAGUAAAAUUGUAAAUCGGAAGAGCUGAAAUAAAAUCCAAAUUACUUUCA